AUGAGCGAUUCAGGACAUUCUUUUCCGGAAUGGACACCUCCUGAAAUUAUUUCAGCUUAUUCGGAAAAGAAUGUUAAUGCUUUGUUCGAGUGGCAAGCGGAAGUACUAAAAUGGGCGGAGGCAAACGGCGAUAACAUCGUUUAUUGUGCUCCAACCAGUGCUGGGAAAAGCAUUGUCGCAGAGCUAAUUGCUCUCAGAGUGGCGCUAUCAGGUAAAAAAGUCCUCUUCUUACUGCCCUACGUCUCAGUAGCAAAGGAAAAAUUGCGGUUCUUACAGCGUGCAUGGCGUCGUUUGGAUAUUCAAAUGGCAGCAUUCAUAGGUGCCCAGUCAGCUCCAUCUAGAGAAUGGACAGCUGCUGUGUGUACGACAGAAAAGGCGAACAGUCUCUUGAAUCACGCUAUGAUGGAUGGUUCAAUGGAUGUAUUUGGUGAGUGUGUGGCUAUUUAUCUUCGGAAUCGAACUGAUUACUUUGAAGGCCUCAUUGUUAUCGAUGAACUCCAUAUGGUUUUUGAUUCAUCGCGUGGUGUCGUUUUGGAAUCACUCUGUGCUAAGAUCAACUUGUGGAAUUUACGCAAUCCUACGGCUAAAAUUCGUGUAAUAGGUAUGAGCGCAACACUGGAAAAUCUAGUUUCAGUUGGCAAGUGGCUGCAUGCCAAGGUGUUUGAAACACAUUUUCGCCCCGUUGGAUUGAAUGAGCGUAUCUGCUGCGAA